CUCUGUUCCAAAGAUCUUUGCUCUGUUCUGCUCUGGGCAGCAGCAGCAGCAGCAGCCGCCGCCGGGACGCUGCAGUCGGGCUGAUGGCUCAGCCCCGGCCCGACCCUCACACCCUCUGCCUCUUUGACGUGGAUGGGACGCUCACUCCGGCCCGGCAGAAGAUCGCUCCUGAGCUGGACGAGUUCUUCCAAGGACUGAGGAAGAAAGUGAAGAUUGGUGUUGUGGGCGGCUCGGAUUAUGCCAAGAUAGCAGAGCAACUGGGGGAAGGAGAAGAAGUCAUUCAGAAAUUCGAUUACGUCUUCGCUGAAAAUGGGACGGUGCAGUACAGGGACGGGAAGUUUGUCACAAAGGAGGCCAUACAGAACUAUCUGGGUGAGGAGCUACUGCAGGAGCUGAUCAACUUCUGCCUGAGCUACAUGUCUGACAUCAGACUCCCUCGCAAAAGGGGAACAUUCAUUGAGUUCCGGAACGGCAUGUUGAACGUCUGUCCCAUCGGCAGGAGCUGCUCCUUGGCGGAACGCCUCGAGUUCUUCCAGAUCGACAAGACGGAGAAGAUCAGGGAGAGGUUUGUGGCGGCUUUACAGGAGGAGUUCGCCGGCAAGGGACUGAACUGUACCAGAGGAGGCAUGAUCAGUUUCGACAUCUAUCCCGAGGGCUGGGACAAGCGCUACUGCCUGGAUAUCUUGGAAAAGGAUGGAAUUAAAACAAUCCACUUCUUCGGGAAUGAGACUGAUCCGGGUGGUAACGACCACGAGAUCUUUCACGACCCCAGGACAAUCGGUUACACUGUCAUAUCCCCGGAGGAUACAGUCAGACUGUGCAAAGAACUCUUCCUGCGGGAAUGAGCCCUGGACCAUGACUCAAGGAGACUUUCCACCGGACUUUGUGGAAUCUGGGACGUUCCUCUGGUGGAGAAGAUGUUCAGUUUAGUUCAGGGAUUCAGGGCGGAAAUAGGACCUUGGGCCCACCGAGUCCGCACUGACCAGCGAUCCCUCGCACAUCAUCAUAAUCAUAAUCAUAUUUUAUUAGCCAAGUGAAUUUC